GUGAAUUGGCAUCAUCCAUCUCCCAUGAACAAGAUCCCCAGCCAGGCCCCAGCGGCCCUUUUGACAGCCGAUCGCGCCGGGCAGAUCGACGGGGCGGCGACGACGAAUACCAGCAGCUCCCUCCACACUCCCACUAUUCAUCACCCCGUCCUGGACAAGGCCAGCCCUGAACAACUCUCGCACGAAACCAACGAGUCCCAAGCCACCAAGAAAAAGCCCACAAACGCCGCAAAGACCCUCCAAGUGCUAAAAUGGUUCGUCAAAGACCAGUGGUUCCUCCUCGCCAUGGGCGCCGUCGUCCUGGUGUCGUCCCAAGUCCAAGUGCCUGCUUCACAACAGCGAGUCAAGCGUACAGUAAUCACCUACCUGGCCGUCUCCGUCAUCUUCUUCAUCAAUGGAUGCACCCUUGACACCCGCGUUAUGCUCGCAAACUACAUGCGCUGGAAGCUGCACAUCUUCGUCCAACUCCAGUGCUACCUCGUCUGCUCUGCUGCCACCUUUGCCAUUGUCAGUCUGUGCGCGACCAAUCCCCAUUUCAUGGAUCCCUGGCUCCUCAUCGGCUUCUUGUUCGUGGGCAGCGCGCCGACUACCAUGUCGAGCAACGUCGUCAUGACGCGCCAAGCCCAUGGCAACGCCGCCCUGACCGUUGUCCAGUCUGUCAUCGGCCAGUUUCUCUGCCCCUUUCUGACUCCAAUCAUACUCCAAAUGUACCUCUCCACCGGUUCGUGGUACAGCAAGGUGUUGCAGCGCGGAUCCGGCUACGCAGGCAUCUACCAGCGUGUCUUCAUGCAACUUGGUCUUUCGCUAUUCCUGCCCAUGCUCCUCGGUCAGAUUGUCCAGCGCCUAUUUCCCAAGACGACUAAAAAGGUCUUUUUCGACUGGAAAUUGCUCAAGCUGUCGUCGAUUGCCCUCUUGACCAUGGUAUGGCAGACGUUCGAUCAAGCCUUUUCGUCGGGCGCCUUCGAGGCUGUCAAACCUUCCAACAUCGUCUUCAUCAUCUUCAUCACCAUUGCACUGUACAUGAUCUGGUUGGCCAUUUGCUUUACAGCUGCUUCGCUCUGGCUGCCCAAAAAAGACGUCAUCGCUUGUUGCUAUUGCUGCCCCGCCAAAGCGCUGGCAAUGGUUGUCCCGCUUACAACAGUCAUGUACAUCAAUAUUGAUCCUAUCAAUCAGUCUAAGAUGCAGAUUCCAGCAAUCAUCUUUCAGGCCUUUCAGGUUGCCAUUGGAGGCAUCAUGACCAUCGGCUUUCGCAAGUGGAUUAGGCCAGAAGAAGAGAGGGAAGAAGCGGAAAAACUGGUUGAGGCUGGGGGCAGAAAUUAAGUCAAUGCCUUUGGCUAUGCGUUUCCACCUUGCUUCCUUGUAUACCAUAAUUUGCAUCGACUUCGCAACUGCUAUUCUUCUUUACCAUGUUCAUCAUCUUACAAAUCAGUCAUCAUAACUCGCUACUCACCCCUUAUUCGAUCGCCCUGCUUUUUCCUCGCUCUGAUCCAAGGUCCAUCGUACUCUACUCAUGUUAGGCCCACUUGCUCGUUGUAUACAACCCCGCCGCCAUGUUCUGUCUUGUUGAAGGUAUCAUCCUCAUUCUUAGGUAAGGCAGCCACAAUCAGGAGGAAUAUUCCCAACCUAUUAGAAUUUCCUGCACAAAAAGCAAUUGCGUUGAGAGGGAGGAUCACUUACGCAUCUGCACCCCAAAGUGAAGCCUUCGCAGGGACAAUCCACAAAGAGACCAAGAAGAUAAUGGAUGCAAUGCAAACGGGGAAAAUCUGAGGGUGAUGAUCAUGACCGAU